AUGCACAGGCUCGCGCUUGCUGAGUUGGACCCUGCAACAGCCAAGCUGGCAAUAGGGUUCUUGGGGCCCUUUUUGUCUGCGUUUGGGUUUCUGUUCAUUGUGAGGAUAGUGAUGUCAUGGUACCCAAAACUGCCCGUUGAGAAGUUCCCAUAUGUGAUAGCUUAUGCGCCGACAGAGCCUCUGCUUGUUCUGACAAGGAAGCUGAUACCGCCGUUGGCCGGAGUUGAUGUCACCCCUGUUGUCUGGUUUGGUCUGCUGAGCUUUCUCAAUGAGAUUUUGGUGGGCCCUCAGGGGCUUCUUGUUCUUUUGUCUCAGCAGGUUUAG